AGUUGAGCAGCUGCGAAUAAUUAGACAACAUUCUCGCCUGGAUUCCUCAAACACACCCAAACGGACCAAAUAUGUUAGUAUGUGUGCCAAACACUUUAUGUUCUAAGCUAAUUAAGUGGUUAGGCGCAAGGUUAAAAAGGCAACCAAUUUGGUUACAAACGACACGCAAAAACAAAUCAAAAACAUGUAGAAUUCUCCAAUGAAUGCUGCUUUCUAAUUAGAAAUCCCGAGCGAGCGCGCGACUGCCAAAAAAAAAAAAAAAAAAAAAAAUCCCAGCCUGCCCGUCUGACGACAAGUGGUCUGCCUUGCCAGCCAAUCCAAAGCUGUUGCGUCAUCCGCAAUGGCAGCAACAACAAUAACAACAACAACAAGAAUCGCAUUCGGACGUUGUCGCUGUCGUUGUCCACUUCAAAGAUACUUCACAAAUUGGUGCUGCUCUGGCCCGCUUUGUUGACGCUGAACGACGAGAUCGAAAUCGAAAUACAAAUCGAAGUCGAAUUCGCCAGGCCUAGGCAUAGACUGGGUAUCUAGCUAGUCAUCUGUCCACCGUCCAACGUCCGCUGUCCGCUGUCCGCUGUCCGUGUUGACUGCGUGCGUCGCGUUGCAGUAUAAAAGUAACUGAGUGCACGCAUUGAAUUUACAGUUGCAGUUCUCAGUUAAAAGCCUAAACAUGAAACUAUUGAUUCUAUCCACUUUGUUGGCCGUCGCAAGCGCUGCACCCGGCUUGCUGGAUCUUGGAUUGGGACACACCGCACCCGCCAUUAGCUAUGGACAUGCUGAGCCUGCGAUUACUUAUGCCCAUGCACCUGCCGUCACCUAUGCAGCAGCUGCUCCAGUCAUCAAGUCGUAUGCGCCAGCUAUUAGCUACGCAGCGCCAACUGUUGUGAAGUCAUAUGCGCCCGCUAUCAGUUAUGCUGCGCCUGCUCCGGUCAUCAAGUCGUAUGCACCAGCCAUUAGCUAUGCUGCUCCUACGUUGGUCAAGUCCUACGCUGCACCAGUCGUCAAAGCCGUUGCUGCUCCAGCCACAAGUUACUCUCAUUUCAGUUCGGUUGUUUCCCACGCCACGCCCAUCAUCAAGUCAUAUGCAGCCGCACCCAUUGUUAAGUCAUAUGCCGCACCGGCUAUUAGCUACGCUGCCCCAACCGUAGUCAAGUCCUAUGCUGCUCCAGCGAUCAGCUAUCAGCCAACAUUGCUAAAAUCAUAUGCUGCACCAGCUCUGACACUGGGUGGAUACGAUGAUCACUAUGGCUAUCACUAAGAAGCCACUGUCAUCUCCAGUGCGUGUUUUGGGUAGAGAUGGCCACAAUGAGGCGUACAAAGCAAGAGGGAGGAAGUAACGAGAGAUUGACAGAGAGAGAAUGAGAAAGGAGUUGACAGUCGCACGUUUUCCAAAACUUAUAUUUUUCAACAAAUUCCCAUAUUUCGUAUAUUCUGUAU